AUGCGACAGGGCGCCAGGGUAAUCGUCCUUGCUGGUCGUUCCUACUUCUCAUCCGCCCUUGGCGCGUCUCCUGCGCCAAACACCUCACGCUCUGCUGCCGCUGCGGCUAACACCUGCGUCACGCGCCCGAACCUGACCAUUCAUCACCUGGCACCUGGAACCUCAUCCUUUUCGUCCAACUUCGCCUUCGCCUGCCUGCGCGGCAUCGCCACCAGCUCUCCCGCCGCGCGUCCGCCCGGCGCGACGGUGCGCGCGUCGAUGGAGAACGUGGAGACGAUGACCAUGUCGGACGCGGAGAUCCGUGCGCUCGGCGCCAAGAAGCGCCCUCCCGGGGAGCACCCUGGCGGACCGCUGCACCAGCAGGGCCGGCUGAGUGGCUGGUUCAAGCCCGAGCUGAGGGCCCUGUACCCGCUGUUCGCCAUGCUUUCUUUGGGGCUGAGCCUGGCCGUGUGGAACAUGGCUCGCGAGCUGUACAAGAACCCCGCUGUGAUGGUCAACAAGAACCGCCGCCAGCACAUGCUGUUCGAAAUCGACGACCCGCAGACAAUUGUGAAGGAGUCGGAGAAGUACCACAAUGACAACGUCCUGAAGAAACUGGCCUACAAAGAAGGAGGGGUUGUUGGCUUCACAAAGCGCACCUCCUUUGAACCACCUCAUCUUCCUGGCGAUGACUCUCCAGUAAUUGGGCGUGCCCAAGGCUCCGUUAGUACCCGUCCUUAG